AUGCUAUUCAGGCUCAUCAAGCCAGCGCCGCUGGAGGAGCGCGUGCGCUCACGCGAUGGCUGCAUUUAUCUCUAUCGCGCGAUGAAGUUUAUUGGCUGGCUGCCGCCCAAGUCGGGCAUACAGCGCUAUCUGUAUCUGUGCUGGACUAUAACGACUUUUAUGUGGAGCACCACCUACUUGCCGCUGGGCUUUCUGGGCAGCUACAUGACGCAGAUAAAGCUGUUCUCGCCCGGCGAGUUUCUAACCUCGUUGCAGGUCUGCUUCAAUGCCUAUGGCUCGUCGGUGAAGGUGGCGGUAACGUAUACGCAGCUCUGGCGCUUGAUAGCAGCCAAGCAGGUGCUGGAUAAGCUGGACAAGCGCUGCGUGAGCGACAAGGAGCGGCAGCAAAUCCAUUUGGUCGUCGCGCGUGCCAAUCAUGCGUUUCUCAUAUUCACAAUCGUUUAUUGCUGCUAUGCGGGCUCCACUUAUCUGAGCUCUGUGUUCAGUGGGCGUCCGCCUUGGCAGCUGUACAAUCCGUUUGUGGACUGGCAUGAGAGCACUGGCAAGCUUUGGUUAGCCUCAACGCUGGAGUAUUUGGUUAUGUCGGGCGCUGUGCUGCAGGAUCAACUAUCGGAUACUUAUCCUUUGGUUUAUUCGCUCAUAUUGCGCACGCAUUUGAAUUUGCUCAAGCAGCGCAUUCGCCAGCUGCGCACAGAUCCCAACCUAAGCGAGCAGCAGAACUAUCAGGCUUUGGUCAACUGCGUUAUCGAUCACAAGCUUAUACUCAACUACUGCGCGCUCAUACGCCCCGUUAUCUCGGGCACCAUUUUCACGCAGUUUCUGCUCUGCGGCCUUGUGCUCGGCUUAACGCUUAUCAAUGUUUUCUUCUUCUCGGAUCUGUGGACUGGCAUCGCUUCAUUCACCUUCGUUGUCACCAUUCUGCUGCAAACGUUUCCCUUUUGCUACACCUGCAAUCUUAUCAUCGACGAUUGCGCUGCGCUGGCGCAUGCAAUUUUCCAAAGCAAUUGGCUAAAUGCGGGCUCCCGCUAUCAGUCCACGCUGCUCUACUUUCUGCAGAAUGUGCAGAAGCCAAUUGUUUUCAUUGCCGGCGGCAUCUUUCAGAUUUCCAUGAGCAGCAACAUUAGCGUGGCCAAGUUUGCCUUCUCGGUCAUCACCAUUGUCAAGCAAAUGAACAUUGCGGAUAAAUUUAAAACCGAGUGAUGCUUAAAUUGCUAAACAAUUUUGCAUCAUACUA